CAAACUCCCGGAAGCGGCGUUGGCAGCGGAGGUGUGACCCGGCAAACGCGAGCUCGGCUUUUCGCCUCAGGAGCCGGCGGGCUGCUGGGAGGCGACCGCGGAGGUUAGCGAGGGGUGGCCAGGGCCCCCAGCCCCGGGGCAGGGCCGGACCGCGAGGGAGGCGGGGCCGGAGAGCGCUCACUUCCCCUCGGACCCAAUCUCUGCCCGCCUGCUUGAAGCCCCCCUUUUCCGGGCGUCGACUUAGUGCCUGGCACCGGCCGGGCGCCUCUGGACCGUUGUGGUUUGGCUCCUUCCUUUCAGCUUCCCGAGAUGUCUUGUAGAAGUCCCAAAGAUUUAAUUAAAAGUAAAUGGCGAUCAAAGUCUAGUAACUCCAAAUCAGAAACUGCAUUAGAAAAUUUUAGGGGGAAAACCGCACCCUUACAAACAUCAGUGGAUGAAAUCACAAGCGGAAGAGCAAAGCUGACUGAUCAAGAAAGACACAGACUUUUGGAGACAAUUCAAGUUCUUGAAGUUGAGAGGAAGAAGAAUGCUUAUCAUCUCACAGAGAAGGACAAAGAAAUAGAGCGGCUCAGAGACCAGCUGAAAGCCAAAUAUAGUACAACUGCACUGCUUGAGCAGCUAGAAGAGAAAACAAAGGAAGUCGAAAGGAAGGAACAGCUGGUGAAAUCCUUGUCUGAAGAGAUAGAUGUACUGAAAAAACAGUUGUCUAUUGCACCCACAGCACUUGCUGAACUUGAAACCAAACCAUGUCAUGUAUCACAGACUGAAACUAAAAUUCACUGCAUUACCUCACCAAUGAAUAAUAUUCAUGAAAUGGAAUUACAGCUGAAAGAUGCUCUAGAGAAAAACCAGCAAUGGCUUGUGUACGAUCAGCAGCGAGAGGUCUACGUAAAAGGACUUUUAGCAAAGAUCUAUGAGUUGGAACAGAAAUUGGAAACAGCUGCUCAUUCACUCCCACAGCCUUCAAAAAAGACUGAAUCAGAAGGUCAUCUUCAAGAAGAAAAGCAAAAACACGAGUACCUUCUCUUGGCAAAAGCAAAAAAAGAUCUUGAGGCUGAACGACAAACCAUAACUCAGUUGAAUUUAGAACUCCAUGAGUUUCAAAGAAAAUAUGAAGAAACCCAAAAAGAAGUCCAUGAUCUAAAUAAACUGUUGUGUUCACAAAGAAAGGCGGAUGCACAACAUCUGGAAGACGAUAGGCAUAAAACAGAAAAAAUACAAAGGCUCGAGGAAGAGAAUGCCAUUGCGAGGAGAAAAAUUGAAGAAGAGAGGAAGAGAUCUGAAGAGCUCUUAUCUCAGAUCCAGUUUCUUUACACGUCUCUGCUAAAGCACCAAGAGGAACAAACGAGGGUAGCUCUGUUGGAACAACAGAUUCAGGCAUGUACUUUAGACUUUGAAAAUGAAAAACUUGACCGUCAAAAUGUGCAGCAUCAAUUGCAUGUAAUUCUUAAAGAGCUUCGAAAAGCAAGAAGUCAAAUAAUACAACUGGAAUCCUUGAGGCAGCUUCCUGAAUUUGCCUUCACGGAGCCAUUAGUCACUUUCCAAGGAGAGACCGAAAACAGAGUAAAAGUUGCCUCACCAAAAAGUCCCCCUGCUGCACUGAACGAGAGCCUGGUGGAAUGUCCCAAGUGCAAUAUCCAGUAUCCAGUCACCGAACAUCGAGAUCUACUCGUCCACGUUGAAUACUGUUCACAGUAGCAAUAGUUCUUUAUUUCUUAUCAAGAGAUUCAAUACUGUAUCUUAUGUUAGUGAAGGAACAUUUUGAAUUCUUUAUUUCAUCUCCUCUAUAAGAAACUGCCUAUCUUCCCUUGAGACUCUGGCAUACAGUGAUUUACUGUAUUUGGGGGCUGCUUUGUGUUUUCUUUGGCACUGAGACCUACCUGAGAUGGUUCAUAUUAGGCUUUAGUGUAUGCCGAGAUGGCUAACAUUUUGCACUGUUAAAAUACUUGAUGAAGAAAAGAUAGUUCAGGUAAUUAUUUGUGAAUUAAAUCUAUACACAGGCAAGCAAAUAUUUUGUGUUUGUGGGUUUUUAAAAAUUGAAGGUAAUUAACCAAGUAUCUUACUGUCUUAUUUAGCACUUUUUAUCUAAGCACUUGAUAUACCUACAAUUGAGUCCAUUGUUAAAAGAUGGUGAUACUUUCUCUUUUUCCCCUUGCUAUUAUUGAGCGGUUAUUAGACACGUUGGGAAUGUUCUUAGUCUGUAUUGCUGUUUACUGUUGAAACAUAGGUAAAACCUAUGUUUCAAAACCUACCUAUGUUUUAAGCACAAAGCAGAUUCUGCUUAAGGAAUAUUUCUAAGUAGCCACACACACAAUAUUUUCUGUCAUAUUUACUGGCUCUAACUUUAUGGGUAUUUUUGUUUGUUUUUUUAAUUAUGUUUUCUUGAUUUUUAGAGAGAGAGGAGAAGGGAGAGAGAGAAAAAUUGAUGGGAGAGGAACAUCAACUAGCUGCCUC